ACACUUCAACGCAUUUCGUCUUUGGUUGAGUCGCACGUUGUGGGGAGUUUUGUAUGAGUUUACGUACCGGUGACAAGCUGCGCUUAAAUAUGAACGCAAUGACAUAAACGAGCCCCAGGAACUACCCAAGUCAAACAUAAAACCUGCAACAUUGAACGAUUCAAGAUGGUUUUAGAAUCUAUUUCAAGGAUAAUCAAAGUCCAACUUCCAGCCUACCUUAAGAGGCUUCCGCUUCCGGACACGAUCGGCGGUUUUGCAAGUUUAACAGUGUCCGACUGGCUCCGGUUGCUGCCUCUCCUGGGUAUCCUGGCUCUGCUGGGCUAUCUGACCAUUCGCCCAUUCCUGCCUAAGAAGAAGAAGCAGAAAGACAGCCUGAUCAACCUGAAGAUCCAGAAAGAGAACCCAAAAGUGGUCAACGAGAUAGACAUUGAAGACCUGAACAGCGCUAAUGUGUGUUACUGUCGCUGCUGGCGCUCCAAAACUUUUCCUGUUUGUGAUAAGUCACACUUAAAGCACAACGAGCUAACUGGAGACAACGUGGGACCGCUCAUACUCAAAAAGAAGAUACUAUAAUUGGCCAUUGAUAUUUUUCCUCUCCCCUCCCUAGUCUUUAGUUUUCAUUUCUCAACCGUUUUUUUUUCUUCUUCAUAUAAAUGCCUACCUUGGUGUCAUGUUUAUGUUGCUCAGAAAUGUGCAGUUUUUAUCUGAAGUGGUCCUAAAACAACUAAAAACACUGUUUGUGUAUGCUUCGUGGUGCAGGUGGGCACAGUUUGUUUUUGUUGCCGUUUGCCAGACCCUGGGCUGUCUAGAGACCGCGUCUUUUACAGUGUGUUCUGGGGACAGGCAGCUUACAGAUAGUUAGGAGAUAUUUGCUGUAUGUGACAACAAAUGUUGCUAAAACAUGUGUGACAUGACUUAGAGCGCCUCUAAUGACAUUGUGCAGUUGGAAUUCCUUUUUCUUUUUCUUUUAUGGGCUUUUGUUCAUUUUUCACUUUUGUUGCUCAAUGGAGCAGCCUUUUUAUGACUUUAAAUCAAAUUUUUAGUCAUGUCCUGUCUUUUUUUUUUCAAAUCAAUUACAAAUCAUUGGGACCAGUUUGAGAGGAACACUUAGGACAUGCAAGAUGCAGUGAUUUUAUGACUUUCAAUAAUCUAAACCCAUCAGGAGCAUCAAUUCCCCCCCCCCCUCCCCCCAGGUAAAUGGUUGUUUAAAUUACAAGCCUAAUACUAGUCCAACCCAUAAGUAACACUUUGUACUGUAUGUCUUUUGGAAGAUUCUUUGGUAUUGUUUAACAGCCGGCCUUUUGUCUGUGUGCCUGUUUCAGGAUGUGAUAUUCUCUUGUAAGUUAUUGUGUGUAUGGGAGGCUACUGGUUAAUCUUCAACUGUAUCUUGUUCAAAUGCUUUAAACAUUUGAGUUUUACAUUGUGUAUUCAAUGCUGUUGCCUAGAAACAUUUCAAACCACUGCACAAUUGAGCAAUAUCCAGUUAUAACAUCAUAAGGUCUUUUUUUUUCUUUUCUUCAUAGCUUCUGUAUUGUCAUAAUAGUUGUAUAUACUGUAGUUGAUCUCCUGCUGGAAUAUUCCUUUAUUAAUCAGCAAUGCUUUUUACAUAAAUGGCGUGUAUUGUCAGAUCUGCAUGAUGAAGCUAUUAACAACUGUGUUUAACCUUUGUGAAAUGAUAGCUUGAAUUGAUUAAUUCUGUUUAAUUUGUAAAAUGUAAAAAGAAACAGUCUGGAUGUUAAACUCAACAGUUUUGGCAAACCGCUGCUUUAUUUCUUUUAUUUUUUUACUAUUUUAUGACUAGGAAACACUCUGUCAACUGGAGCUGAAAACCUUUGAAAUGAAUGAGGUAACAGAGUACAUUACUUUCUAAUUGUCUAAUUUUCAAGUAAUACUUGCAUGGUUAUAUUUUUUAAGGAAUGCAAUACUUUCAGUUCUUCAGUCAAUACAGGGUCAAAAAGAAAAAAAAUCUUAGCCCCAAAUGUGAACUUCAUGGGUGUGCUAGAGGAAAAGUCAG